AUGUCUACAACUAAGCUUAUGAUAAUCUCAGAACUCAGUGCAGAUGACUGGAUUCUCGGGAUCAGGAAUGUGAAGUACAGGCACUUCCUGGAGACCCCACGGGCUAUCAAACACCUGCCAGAUGCCGGAGUUUCAUUUACUCCAGACAGUUAUCGAGCAAAGAGAUCAGCGACAUUUAGUACAGGGGUGAAAUUGUGCCCAAAGGAAAGCAUGGCGGAGGUCAUCAGCAGCCAUAAAGCCUACUACAAACUGAGAGUUUGUCAAGAAGCUGUGUGGGAGGCUUUCCGGAUCUUUCUUGACAGAGUUCCUGACACCACGGAGUACCAACAGUGGGUGUACGCCUGUCAGAGAGACUCGCUUUGCAUGGAAGAUUUGGCCAGGAAUUUUAGUAGCACACAGGAGCAUCUUGACAUGGUAGCCAGUAGAGUGAAUGCUCAAGCUGAACAGGAGAGGGCUCUCACACCUGCACCAGAAGAGAAAUGUUCAAAGAGUCCCGCUGAGCCUUUCAUCACAGAAUCUGACAGGGAAACUGGAGCACCAGAUGUUGUCACUCAGAGGCUGGUGGAGCAUGUUGUCGACUUUAGUGUGACUAUAGUAGACCCCGUCUACAGUGUACUACUGAAUGAUCUGGGCAAUCCUCAAUAUGAAGACUUUACUAACAAUCUCCACAAGCAGAUGCUGCAUGUUUUUGACAAGCUUCCUGGGUUUAAAGGCAUUCGAGUGCUGGGAUUUCGAGCUGAAGGUGUAGCAGUGCACUUUGCUGUUGUGUUUGAGACGGAUGGCAUGAGAGUCGCAGGGGAUGCAAGGUCAACUGAUGAUUCUGACACAAUGGAGGUGCUAAAGGACAUGGUGGCAACGGCACUAAGCAAAGCCACAUCGCUUCCUGUGGACGUGCUUUCCCUCACUUUUGAUCCAGACUCAGCAAUAGGAGAGGAACAGCAGAACACUGGAUCCAGUACUCAAGCCAAAUUACCUGGGGAAAUUAGUACUCCAUCGACAGAAGUAACCUCUGGAAGUACAACCACCUCCUUUGGAGAUCUAGGCAAUGAUAGGACUCAAGCAAACUUGAAUGAGGGAACAACAAGUGGCAUUAUACCGAAAGUACUCAAUACAUUGUCCCAUGUGAUCACAUUGGCAACAAUAACACCGCAGACAGCCAGGGAGCUUAUAAGCAGCCCUAAACUUGAGAAUAAUCUAAUCACUAAAGGCACUUUAGGGACAGAAGGAUCUCCAAGAACCACAACAGAGGAUUACUUAUUAGAAAUGGCUGAAGUCCAAGUGAAUGCUGAAAAAGAAAUUGCUGCCACAGCUGCAUCCCUGGACUUCGGUUCUCUUGAAGUGGCAAAAGCAUCUACUUCAAGUCGCCCUGAAAUGGAUAUUGAUAUGACACCGGAGGCCUCUCCAGCAGAGGCAACAUCAUCAAUUGUGCCAUUCCUAACACCCACUGAGUGUCCUGAAGGUGCUUUCUUUCAAGAAGAUGACACAAUUGGAAACACAGAACUUAAAGGGACUCCUGCCAAAGGUUUUCCCUCAUACACUUCCAAUCCAAUAGAAAUCCCAGAGUCGGGCUCUCUGGGUGACCACAUACAGCCUCCUUCAGAACUUAUUACUCCAACUCUUCCUGCAGUAAUUCCCUCAAGGCUAAUGCCAACUGAAGAACUUAUUUCACAUGUGACCCCUGAGAAUUUCCUGGAUAAAGACGGACAGCCACUCUGGACUGUUUCACCUUCCCAACAUGAAGUUGUUGCAAAAAAUGACACAGACAUAAAAGAGGAUGUUGAACAAUCUGAUAAGGAAGAGGAGAUUCAGGAAUCUGGGAGUGGGUUCUCCUCAGAGACGGAUGAACAUGAACAAUCCUCGGCUCCUCCUCUAGACUUUGUUACCACUCCUUCUGUGAUGGCUUCUUCUAACCAGGCAAAAGAGUUAGUGGUCUUUUUUAGCUUAAGUGUGACUAAUAUGAUGUUUUCAGAAAAUCUUUUCAACAAGAGCUCUCCCGAGUACAAAUCGCUGGAGAACACUUUUCUUGAACUGAAGCAAUUCUCUCAACCAAGUGACUCGCUGAACCCUGAGGCCUCUAGUCAACAGACUGUGAGAGAACAGAGGACAUUAGCUUCAAUACCGCUCCUCCCAUAUCUACAGUCCAAUCUGACUGGAUUUAAGGAGCUUGAGAUCCUGAACUUCAGGAAUGGCAGUGUGGUGGUAAACAGCAAGAUGAAAUUAACUAAACCUGUUCCCUACAAUGUUACGGAGAGGGUGCACUGCUUGCUGGAGGACUUCUGCAAUGCCGCGUCUACGAAGCUGGAUAUGAAACUUGACUCCAAUUCGGUGGAUGUGGGAGUAGCAGAUGAUGCAGAUCCAUGUAAAUUUAUGGCAUGUAACGAAUUCUCCCGCUGCGUGGUGAACACGCUAAGCAUGGAGGCAGAGUGUCUCUGUGAUCCGGGCUACAGCACGGUGGACGGCCUUCCCUGCACCAGCAUAUGUGACCUGCAACCAGAAUACUGUCUGAAUGGAGGGCAGUGUGAAAUCAUACCAGGGCAUGGAGCUACCUGCAGAUGUCAUAUCGGUCAGUACUGGCACUAUCAUGGAGAACGCUGCAAUGAGAUGGUGUCAGUGCCAGUUGACCCUCUUCUUUUCAUAGCCUGCCUGGUGGGAAGCCUCUCAGUGGUUUGUGCUGUGAUAGGCAUCUUGAUUUUCAUUAACAAGAAAUGUAUACGGACCAGAAAGACCAUGUCACUUGUGCAUUCACAAUCACCAUUCUCCUUUGGCAAUACUUUGAGAAUAAAUCCAGUUUUUGAGAAUGAUGAUGGGGUCUUAACACAUGUGUCGAGCAUCCUCUGUCCAAUGAGCUCUGACUCAGGCUCCUUACAUCACUCAGGCCAAGGCACAUUUCGAUCACUUGAAAGUAUACAGCUUAGUAUCGAGAUCCCCAGACAACUCUACAGCGGAAGAUCAGAAAAGUUAGCAUCAGAAAUGCUUGACUUCCAUCAGCGUGUUACAUAUAAUGAGGCAUGGCGGAUGGCCAAGAGGCCUUCUUGCUGUCUUUUGCGAAGUCCUGAUAGUGAAGGCUUUGAAGUGACUGUUUUAUGAUGUCCAGACGUGGCACCAAAGCUCUUCAGUGCAAUUCAAAGCAAACAAAAAGCUGUUUUGUAUCCAUUGGUAGUGAAUGUUUGAUACAACACUUAAAGCUCAUUCAGAGACCACUCAAAGACCAGUUGGGACCCCAGGAAGACCUCCAGGGAUGGAGACUUUUGUGACUUUAUUAUUUAGAAAAAUGUUAAUAUUGUUGUCAUUGUACAUGUGUUGGAUGUACUGAACCCUUGUUCCCUCACAAUGAGGUAGUUACAAAUUGAUACACUGGGUGGUAUCUUAAAUACAAAAUAAGAUUUUGUGUCCCAAAAACAAAAAAUGAAUGUAAGUACACUGUAAAAAGUGAAAAGUUGGGCACUUAAAGGGCACCUAUUUCAUUGCUAAAAAACAAUGUUAUUUUGUGUAUUUGGUAGUGUGGUAGUCAAGACCACCUAAACCGAGACCAAGUAAUGACCAAGACCGAGACAGGCCGAGACCAAGACAAGACCAAGACCAAGGCAGGCCGAGACUAAGUCAAGACCAAGACCAUUGCAAGUCAUUGCAUUAAAACACUUAUGAUAUGUGGAAUAUGCAAAUGAUUAGGCACUUCUUGUGUGUGUGUGUGUGUGUGUGUGUGUGUGUGUGUGUGUGUGUGUGUGUGCGUGCGCGCGUGUGUGUGUGUGUGUGUGUGUGUGUGUGUGUGUGUGUGUGUGUGUGUGUGUGUGUGUGUGUGCGCGUGCGUGUGCCGUCAGAGAAGUUGAUAAAGUAAGCAAAGGUAUUGCAGAUAUGUGGGAAUUUAUCUUUGUCUAUAAGCAAAUAAAAGUGAACAAACACUAAAGAGCUGAAAUCAACUUAACCAUUUAAUCUGAACUGUCUUUCCAUGGCCACUUAACACAAUGCAGUUGUUUUUAGUAAUAAAAUUAGAAAAACUGUCAUUGGGAGAAACUGAAACAAUGCCAACAUCAUAUGCCAAACCUGAAUAAACUGCAUAAAAUGAAUGAUAAAAAUAAAUUUGUGAUGUGCACUGCAAAAAAAAAUUAUUAGUAUUUUACUUAGUAUUUUUGUCUUGUUUUUUGUCUUGUCUUGUUUGUUUUUAGUAAAAAUAUCUAAAAAUUCUUAAAUUAAGAUGCUUUUUCUUGAUGAGCAAAACUACCCAAGAAAAUAAGUCUAGUUUUUAAACCAAAAAUAUCAAAUUUAAGUGAUGUUGUGCAUAAAACAAUGGGUUAAGCAAAAAAAUCUUUAACCUUUUUCUUAAACACUAAAUUCAAGAAAAAUUAGCUUACCCCAUUGGCAGAUUUUUUUAAAAACUCUAAAAACUAGACUUAUUUUCUUGGGUCGUUUUUGUUCAUCAAGACAAAGCAUCUUAAUUUAAGAACUUUUAGAUAUUUUUACUGAAAACAAGACAAAAAUUAAAAUUUUAUUAAAUACAUUUUUUAUCUAGAUUUUUUUUUCUUGAAAAUCAUUUUUUUUGCGGUGUGCCAUCAGCUGUGGUCUUGACCGGUCUUGAAAUAAAAUUCCGAAAUAAAUUUGUCCGAGACUGAGACGAGACCGAGUAAAAAUGUGGUUGAUUCCAGGACAAGACCAAGACCUUUAAAAAGUGGUCUUGAGACCGGUCUUGAGACCGGUCUCGAGAACUACAACACUAGUAUUUGGUAUAAUACAAUGUGUUUGUGUUGUUUAUGGUUAAAAAACACAUUAUUUUCCACAUCGUACAUUUUUGUAGCUCCAGGUAGCGUCCGGUGUGCGACCCCCUUUACACACCAAAGGUAAUGUAAAACCGUGAAUCGGAUAAUAGGUGCUCUUUAAAAAAAAGGUGAAAAGUGAUAUAAAUUAAAGUUAUUUUUUAAGUAGAUCCAACUUUUCACUUUUUACUGUGUAUUCUGUAAAUUCUUCUGAGGAUAAUUUAAAUUAUUUCAUGUAUUUACAUGUCAACAGUAUGUUAAAGGGAUAGUUUACCCAAAAAUGAAAAUUCUGUCAUCAAUCUUUCAGGAAUGUUUGUAAAAAAAAAACUGAUCAGAAGCCCCAUUGACAUCCAUCGUAAAGAAUACUAUGGAGGUCAAUGGGGCUUCUGAUUGUUUUGGUUACGAACAUUCCUAAAAAUAUCUUUGUGUUCAUCAAAACAAAGAAAUACUAUAUUAUACAUUUUGGGUUAACUGUACCUUUAAGUAUAGAUCAUAGAUUAGUAACAUGUUUUUUCACCAAUAGCAGACAAGAAUACUUGCAGAUGAAUGGUAAUUAUUUCCUUGUUUAUAUAUUAAACAGAAAAGUGGUUUAUUUCUGUUGCAGAUAUUGUAACUUUACUUACUAAUCAUUGGAGCAAAAUCAUGAUUAGCAAAAAUGUAUAUUAUUUUAAGAAAUCGUUAUGUUCCAUCCCAGUUAUACUAAAAACGUUUCAAACCAUAGUUGGGUCAAAAAUGGACAAACCUAACUGUUGUUGAGUUUACCUAUAAUGGGUUUUCGCAAUUAAUUUAAUGCAACAGUUGGGUUUGUCCCUUUUGACCCAAAACUGGGUCAUCACUUUUUUAAGAGUUUUCAUAAUUAUUUUA